AUGACCCCUUGUGCGUUACCCCUAUUCCACGUCCGCCUCGUCAGCUACUCGCAUCUCCCAGUGCGGAUGCACCGACUGAAUGUCCACCUUCGCCCUCUUCACCAACCCUUCCACUCGAUCCCUUACCGGACGACUCCUCGCAACGAUCAUCAGAGAUCCUCUCCGCCGCCAGACGGCGACGACCUCCAGUUCCUCGACAUCCAGCUGGGCCCAGCGUCAACCAACCUCGAAGUUGACGAGUUCCUCCAGCUGCGCGCCGUCCGCCGCUGUGCGCUGUCUGCUGAACGCGCCGCCCGGAGCGCAGAAGCCAAGCUGGCUGAGCUCGUGCGUACCGCAGCCAAGGCCCUCCUGUCCCCCUCGCGCGGCGAUAUGGGUAUGGAUAUGGACACUUCAGACGAUCCUUCGGCUGCGGCGCGAAGCUUCCAGCGGCUCGUCGCAUCAUUCUGCGAGCUACCUUCGCCACACCGAGUGCAGCGUCCGCCGCCAGAUCAGGGCAGGUAUCCCGAGGAGGCAGGCACUGAGGAACCUCGCAGGCCGGAUACGCCGAGCGGCGACAGUGAACUAGAGGAAGCAGCGCCGUCCUUGUUCGUGGAUCCUAUUGCUAUCUCGAAGUCCGUUACACCCGCUGCGAGUGUGAAUGGGGAGGGGGAGGACAUGAGCAUGCUGGAUAGUCCAGCGAUGGAUGUCAAUGUCCCAUCAUCUGCGGUCGGCUCUCCCGCUGCAUCCUCACGGCGGUAUACUCCACCUCCAACGCCAACGGAUGAUCGAUACGACCCGUACCCGACUACCAACAAGCGACGUGCGGUCUCCAUCCAUCAGCUUCGCUCGGGACAACCAGCCAUCCUCGUUCACCCCGUGCAAGGUUGUGCCAGCGUCUCGUUGCUCGUCCUCUGUCGUCGAUGUAAACGCGUCGCACCCGAGCAGCUUGCUCGCGCCUUGCACCCGCUGUUUGCAGGAGAGGUGCAGCAAUCUCCCCGCUUCAUGCAACGGAUCGCUUCGAAGCAUGCUUUCACGAUGCACGUCAUGGAAAAUACUCUUCCAGCUGACGCUGGUGCCCACACCCAUUUCGUAUCCUCGCAGCCUCAACAGGCGACGCCCACAUUCGCCUUCCCGCCGGUCAGCGUGUCCAUCAACCAUUCAACCCCGCAACUGAGUCUGAACCCGGCGGCAUCGGGACUCGUUCGGUCGUCUCUGAAGGAUUUCGCCGUGGCCGUGCUCCCUGCGCCACUUGUUGCUUCCACCUCGAGCAGUCAGCCGGCGGCCACGCCAUCUUCCCACCAGGCGGACCCCGUCACCUCCGUAGAUGCGCCGUCCGAAUGCGCCUGCGGCUGCGAAUUGAUCACCUGGCCAGGCAAGUCCAAGGGUACCGCGAACUUGAUGCUCCGUUCGGCGCCCGCGACGUCAGCUGCACACGACAACGGCAAGUCUAGUCUGGCGAUGGUCUCCUCGCAUGCGCGUUACGCUGCGGACGGCGGGAAGGGCAAGGCUGCUGCGUGCGGAGGCGGCACGAUGUUUGCGCUGAGCGCCUGA